UUUUUUUAUUCAAAAUUAGCUCGUAAUAUGUCAAUGCAGAAGGGAUUUAUACAAAUGAUGGAGAAUCUGCGCUUGGAAAUCUCAGUUCGCGUUAUAAUUUCGAAAGGUGCAGACCAAGGCGGAUUAGCGCGUUCGGAUUUGAAGAAUGAAGUGAUAAAUUGAAUUGAUGUUGCAACCCAAAGUUGAAGUGGAUUCUAAUUAAAAAAUAUUUAAAACUGAAAAAAGAUUAUUUUCACAACACCGAGUCGGACUACAUCGAGUGGAAAAUUAAAGAAAAUUGCGGGAAAGCGAAAUGACCGACAUUGAAGAGAUUAUCGCCAAGCUGCAACGCUUUUCCUGGCCAGACUAUGGCGUCUUCAUUGCGAUGUUCGUCAUUUGCAUUAUGAUUGGCAUUUAUUUCGGCUUCCUGAAUCGCAGCCUCUCGGAGGCCGACUACCUCAUGGGUGGCCGAAAUAUGCUCGUAUUGCCCAUUGCACUAUCGUUGGUGGCGAGUUUCAUUUCCGGUAUUACUUUGCUCGGUCUACCGACGGAGGUCUAUUCGUAUGGCAUACAAUAUUUAUAUGUCUCCUUGGGUGUUAUGGCCAUGGGCGUCGUAAUGGGCGUAUUUUAUCUGCCCGUCUUUCAUCAGUUGAAUAUCACAUCGACUUAUGAGUAUCUGGAAAUUCGUUUCGAUCGUCGUCUACGCAUGUACGGAUCCGUAAUGUUUGCGGUAAUGAAUGUCGCUUAUCUGCCAAUAGUGAUCUAUGUGCCCGCCUUGGCCUUCAAUCAGGUAACAGGAGUUGCUGUACAUACGAUCACACCGAUUGUGUGUAUUAUCUGCAUCUUCUAUACGAGUUUGGGCGGCAUCAGGGCAGUUGUCUGGACGGAUGUUGUGCAAACAGUGUCCAUGGUGGGCGCACUUAUACUGGUGGCCGUCAAGGGUAGUCACGAUAUUGGUGGCGCUGGUGUUGUACUGCGAAAUGCUUGGGAAACCGAUCGCAUUGAGGGUCCGGAUUUGAGCAUCAAUCCGACCGUGCGUCAUACGCUUUGGUCACAGGUAAUUGGCGGCGUGGUCUAUUGGACCCAGACCAAUGCCGUGUCACAGAAUAUGAUACAGCGUUACUUGGCGUUGCCAACUUUGCGUGCCGCACGUAUUGCGCUAGGUAUAUUUUGCCUUGGCGUAUUGACCAUGAUGGCGCUUUGCGGUUACAAUGGUCUGUUAAUUUACGCCACCUACAAAAACUGUGAUCCACUUACGACAAAGCUAGCCAAAGCACGUGAUCAACUGUUGCCGCUUUUUGUGAUGGACACACUGGGUGAUUAUCCCGGUCUGACAGGUCUUUUCAUUGCUGGAGUCUUUAGCGCGGCAUUGAGUUCGCUUUCCACUUGCUUGAAUUCGAUGUCCGCGGUGGUUUUGGAGGACUUUGUUAAACCCUUUGUGAAGCGACCAUUGUCCGAUUCGGCGAUAAAUUGGAUUAUGAGAUCCGUGGUGGUGGGGAUGGGCGUGCUGUGCGUCUGUUUGGUUUAUGUAGUCGAACACAUGGGCACGGUGUUGCAGUUGACUAUGAGUCUGGAGGCAAUUACCAAUGGUCCACUCUUUGGUAUCUUCAGUAUUGGUAUUUUCAUGCCCUGGAUUAGCGGUAAUAGCGCUUUAACUGGCGGCGUUUUGGGUGUUAUUGCUAUGUCCUGGAUAAGUCUGAAGGCUCAAUGGGCUAUAGCUUCUGGUGCCAUCAAGUAUCAGACAAAACACAUCACAGUUGACCAUUGCGAUUACCGAUUUGAUCAUUCGAAUUUGCCGCUGAGCGCAGCCAAUAUGACAGAUCUUAAUGCGGCAGCAGACGAAAUAUUUCCAUUAUAUCGCAUUUCCUACAUGUGGUUCACUUGUUUGGGUGCUUCGAUCACAAUUUUUAUUGCUAUUCUGUAUUCGAGCAUAGCCGGAGGUCAGAAUCCCAAGAAGGUGGAUGCAUCGCUGCUCUCACCCUGUAUAAGAAAAUUUGUGCAAAAUAAAGAAGGAAGUCUUAGAGUGACCAACAAAUAUUCGCCUAAUGUGCGAGUGAUGGCGAGGAUUGCUGUCGACGAAGUUGCCCUCUAGUGCUUCUAAGAAAUU